UCCACAUUGAGUCCGGCCCAUUGUGUAAAGCAAACUUACCGUAACAACGCGUAGGCGAAGAACACUGCGGCCUGAAAAGAGGACCAUGUCUGCUACUAGUAGCCCAGUGUGCUCCAAAAGCACUUCAGGCGAUUAUCGACCAGCUUUAACAAAUAUAUCCACAUCGAAGGAAUCUUAAAUCUCCAUGAUAGUAUUUGAAGUAAUUAUCCUCCAGUAUAAGCAGGGCAACAGAAGUAGUUUCACAGUAAAACAAAACAAUUCACUGACAUUUCCUCAGGUUUCAUUGCUGAUUUCUUGCCGUCGGUCGAGCAUCUUCUCCUCCGUUUCAGUCCCGCUGAAAAGCUGCUUUGAAUAGAGUUAAAGAGUUGAGUCUACUUGUAGCCGAACUGCUAGUUGUUCAUUAAACUUUGACUUAAUGCUGAAUGACCCAAAGGUCACCGGAAAAAAAGCUUAGGACUGCUAAAUAUUUGGGCUGGCUCUUUGUUUAAAAAGUGCACAUGUAAGACCUUUUUACCCCCAAGCGGAGACUUGAAAAACAAAGUGUCAUCUGUGGUCUUUACACAAGCGAUUCAGUCCAAAUGAAACAGCUCAAAAAUAUAUUUAUGAAUUGUCCAAUAAUUAUUUGAAUUGCAAUUUAUUUUUUUGGAGCUGUACAAAUUUAACUUAUAUAAUUUCAUGUAUUAAAAAAAGAGACUUGGCUUGAUGAUAUGAAUCUUUAUUUUUGUAUAAAAUGUGGCUGUAAAUGCUUUUAAUUGGAAGCUACUAUUUGACUGUGAUUAAAUCUAAUGUGAAGACACAUUUAUUGUAUCUCUCUUCCAGGUCGAGGUGGGAGCCGUGAUGAAUGCGUGAGGGAUAGAAAAGAGAUUUGUGCAGAUUUCGGUCACAGACUGGAGCAACGGUGGGAAGCACCUAUCACGUGAAGAAACAACAUCCAUGCCACUGGACAGAGUUGCACUGGCUUAUUGGCUUUGAAUCCACAACAUGCAGAAAGCAACAUACUACGAUAACUCUGGACUUUUUGGAGGCUACACCUUCCCCAAACCAGACCCUUACAACUACGGCCCCUCUCAUCAGCCCUACGCUGCUUCUAGCAUUGAGAAUGACUACCAGGACUCGGUGUGUCCCACCCAGUCCCCUGCUGUCCGGCCGCCAACCCUCAAAGACAGUGACCUGAACGGCGACUGCAUGCGACAAAGCAGCAGUCAAAGCAACAGCAGCAUCCAAGCUCCGAGUAUUGUGGAGCAGCAGGCACCUCCACUGUCUGCAUCCUCUCCCAGCUCCAACAGCUCUGCACCCCAGAAGAAGAAAUCCCCUCCCAGCAGCGCCUCCAGUACCGCCACCCCAACCCUUACAAAGCAGAUAUUCCCCUGGAUGAAGGAGACCCGGCAGAACUCAAAGCAGAAGGGCAACAACUGCACCAGUGCAGGUAGUGAUCAUGAUGGUGGCGAGUUGAGUGACGAGAAGAGCCCACCAGGACCAGCGUCCAAACGAGUCAGAACUGCUUACACCAGCGCACAACUUGUGGAGCUGGAGAAGGAGUUUCACUUUAACCGCUAUCUGUGUCGCCCUCGGAGAGUGGAAAUGGCAAAUCUGUUGAAUCUCACCGAGCGUCAAAUAAAGAUCUGGUUUCAAAACAGGAGGAUGAAAUACAAAAAGGACCAGAAGUCUAAAGGGCUCGCACACUCUCCCCUGGGACACUCCCCGGAUAGAAGCCCGCCGCUGAGUGGCCCAAAUCACAUUGGAUACUCUGGCCAGCUCCAAAACGUGAACAGCCUCAGCUAUGACGCGCCCUCGCCCCCGUCCUUCGCCAAGCCCCAGCAAAACAUGUACGGGUUGGCGGCGUACACGGCACCCUUGGGUGGCUGCAUCCCGCAACAGAAGAGGUACCCUGGCCCCGAAUACGAGCACCACGGCAUGCAGAGCAACGGCAGCUUUGCCAACGCCAAUUUGCAAGGUAGCCCCGUUUAUGUGGGUGGGAACUUUGUUGAUUCCAUGCCAGCCUCUGGCCCCAUGUUCAACCUCGGCCACCUUCCCCACCCCUCAUCCACCAGUGUGGACUACAGCUGUGCCGCUCAGAUCCCAGGAAACCACCAUCAUGGACCCUGUGAUCCCCAUCCCACAUACACAGACCUCACCUCUCAUCAAGCGUCUCAGGGAAGGAUUCAGGAAGCGCCUAAACUCACGCAUUUGUAAUAUGUGGUUUCUCUGUGUGUGUGUGUGUGUGUGUGUGUGUGUGUGUGUGUGUGCGCGUGUGUGCGUAUGCGUGUACGUGUGCCAAAAUUAUGUCGCGCUCUUUUUAUUACCUCACUAGUCUAAUAACUACACUCUAAGAGAGUCGUGUGUAUUAUUACAGUAUUAUUGAUAUUACUAUUAAUGCUAUUGUGUAAUUAAUUUCUGAAUAAUGCAGCUUUGUCCAUUUUUGUUGAAUAUUUGGGGAUGCGUGGAGGCAGACUAGCCUUGGUGUCAGUUGUUCCUUCACUUUGUUUUGUUUUAUCUCAAGUGCAAUGUGCACAUUUUGACUGAAUAUUUCAUGCCGUUACUUGAAGGUAAGUCUUGUAUCUCAGAAGUAGAUGCUCAUCUUUAGUGGGAAGGACUUUUAGGGAAAUGUUCGUCUGUUUUGUAGGAUCUCAUUCUCCUCACGGGCAUACUAUUUAUUUAUUUUGUAUUAUUUUGCAUACUCUUUCGUAUUAGCAUAUAUCUUAUUUAUUAUUUAAUUACUUUUUGUAUUGCACAUUAUUUAUCGUUUAUAUGCGAGUAUUUAUACGUGUGGAGUUUUUUGUAAGAUUGAACAGAUCAGUGCACUUGGAAGUGUUGGCAAAACAGGGUUUGAAAAAAAUGCUAUGACUCGCAGUGUUGAAAGAAGAGCAUUUCUAAUUGUAAAUCUGGGAUAAAUGGGACAUUUGAUAGUGUAUAAACACCACUACAUGUCCAUGGUUAAUCUUGUGUCAAACCAUUGCAAAACAUAGACUAUCGAAGUAUGAAAUAUUAUACACACCAGCAUGUCAUUUUGUGUAGUCCAUUACUAUUUUUUAUUUGUCUUCCAUUGUUAUUCCAUUCAGUUGGAUAUCCAUAAAUUUAUGAAACCCUAAUGAUAUUGAAAUGUUAUAUUUUAUUGUGUUUAACAUUUUGUAAAUAAAGUGCUCAAACUUG